UAUCUAGUUUAUCACUUGUGGAAGUACAGUCAAGAAGAACAAGGACACGAGGCUGUUCGGCGAACUUUGGUGCUUCCUCUAGGAAUUAUUUGCAUUUCUAUAUUAAUUAACUGGUUUAUCAUUCUUUGUCAUUCAAGGGCACAACAUAUAGACAUAACAGUAAAUCCAUUGUGGAGGGGAAAUGGCGGAUUUUACCUCUUUGGGUUUGUCGGACUGGCUGAUACUUCAAUGUAAACAAAUGGGCAUCAGCAAACCAACUCCAGUCCAGGAAAAUUGCAUACCAGCAAUUUUAGAAGGUCGCGAUUGUAUGGGCUGCGCCAAAACUGGCAGUGGAAAGACCGCUGCAUUUGUUCUUCCAGUCCUUCAAAAGCUGUCUGAAGAUCCGUAUGGCAUCUUCUGUCUUGUGCUCACACCCACCAGGGAGUUGGCAUAUCAGAUUGCUGAGCAGUUUAGAGCUCUGGGCAAACCUUUAGGUGUGCGAGACACCAUCAUCGUUGGGGGAAUGGACAUGGUGAAACAGGGCUUAGAUCUGUCAAAGAAACCACAUAUUGUAGUUGCAACUCCAGGAAGACUUGCCGAUCACAUUAGAAGCUGCAAUACCUUCAGCAUGAGUAAGAUGAAAUUUCUGAUAAUGGACGAGGCUGACCGUCUGCUGGAGCAGGGCACAGACUUCGGUAAGGACCUGGAGACCAUCCUCAGUGUGGUCCCCUCGAAGCGCCAGACCCUGCUCUUCAGCGCCACCCUCACAGACACACUGCAGGAGCUCAAGAGCAUCGCCAUGAACAAGCCUUUCUUCUGGGAGAGCAAAUCUGAGGUACGGACUGUGGUGGAGUUGGAUCAAAGGUAUAUCCUCACGCCAGAGAAGGUGAAAGAUGCCUACCUGGUCCACCUUAUCCAAAAAUUCCAGGAUGAACAUGAUGACUGGUCCCUCAUCAUUUUUACCAACACUUGCAAAAAUUGCCAGAUACUCACAAUGAUGCUCCGUGAGUUUAAAUUCCCCACCAUUUCAUUGCACUCGAUGAUGAAACAGAAGCAAAGAUUUGCUAACCUUGCCAAAUUUAAGUCCAACGUCUUCAAAAUCCUCAUUGCUACUGAUGUAGCCUCCAGGGGUUUGGACAUCCCAAGGGUCCAGGUGGUUAUCAAUCACAAUACCCCAGGACUUCCUAAAACCUACAUUCACAGAGUGGGCAGAACCGCCCGGGCAGGACGCAGCGGCAUGUCAAUCACUCUGGUGACGCAGUAUGACAUCCAUCUGGUAAACGCCAUCGAGGAACAAAUCCAGACCAAGCUGAAGGCACAUCCAGUGGAAGAGAAGGAGGUGCUGAAGAUCCUAACCCAAGUUAAUGUGACCAGGCGCAAGUGUGAAAUCAAGCUGGAGUCGUCAGACUUUGAUGAGAAGAAGGAGAUCAAUAAGAGAAAGCAGAUGAUUCUGGAGGGCAAGGACCCAGAUGUGGAGCAGAAACGGAAAGCGGAACUCAUGAAGAUUAAGACACAGAACAAGAAAUUCAAGGACAAAAUUCAGCAAACAAUUCAGCAGAAGCAAGAGAAGUCGGGUCAGAAGAAAGCACAGAGCAGCGCUAAAACGAAAAAAGAAGCGUCAUAAUCAGACGACUGACCCUCAGUGCAUCACGUUUAAUGUUCAGCUACCACUGAUUAUUUUCCCUUUUAGUGGAUUUUCAUGGAACAGUGACUCAGAAAUGACACUUACACGUUUGAGUGGAUGUGAGCAUUUAAGCUUUAUUGGAAAAAUAAAAUCAACCACACAGGAAUGUGAUUACAAGAUAAACUGGUGAAAACAGCCCCCAAAGCCAACAUGAAAACUCCACACAUAAGGUGGGCCUCUACUGCACUACUGGCUGUCCGUGAUAGGGAACAUCCUCCGUCUCCUGAGAGGAGACUGGGGACAGCUCUUAGGGAAUCAUGGGAAGAGGGAUUUUUUGGGGCAGGUAUUAAACAAAUAAAGACAUAAAAGGUU